UGCUGGCCAGUGGUGGCGGGACAGCCUGGGCUCUGGCAUCUGCUGGGCUCCUGGCAGCAGCGUCCCCGCCCUCUGUCCCUCCCAGGCCAGUGUUAGUGACAGCCUCGGUGGUUCUUUGAUUUGAACUGGACAGCGCCGUAGGGACUGAAUAAGCUUCACAGCAGGACCAGACCCAGAAUUUGGAGGCUGAAGCUACCUCACCUCGCACGGGAUUAACUUUGCAGAUGAGAAAUCUGAGAUGAGAGCUGAGGAAACAGCAAAGAGAAAUUAGUGGACAAAGGAGAAGAACAAAAUGGAAAGUACGCUAUUCUGGAUGAUAUUUUUCACCCUUGGGUGGACCCUCAUUGAUGGGUCAGAGAUGGAACAGGAUUUCAUGUGGCAUUUGAGAAAAGUACCCCGGGUUGUCAGUGAGAGAACUUUCCCUCUCACUAGCCCCACAUUUGAGGCAGAUGCUAAGGUGAUGUUAAGGAAAGUGUGUGGCAUCGAAUGUCAGAAAGAACUCCCAGCCCCCAGCCUUUCAGACUUGGAAGAUUCCCUUUCCUAUGAGACUAUCUUUGAGAAUGGCACCCGAACCUUGACCAGAGUGAAAGUUCAAGGUCUGGUCCUUGAGCCAACUCAAAAUAUCUCCAGCAAAGGAGCACCUGUUAGGAGAAAGAGACAGGUGUAUGGCACAGACAGCAGAUUCAGCAUCUUGGACAAAAGAUUCUUAACCAAUUUCCCUUUCAAUACAGCGGUGAAGCUCUCCACCGGCUGCAGUGGUGUUCUCAUUUCUCCCCGUCACGUUCUAACAGCUGCCCACUGUGUGCACGAUGGGAAGGACUAUAUCAAAGGGAGCAAAAAGCUUAGGGUAGGGCUGUUGAAGAUGAGAAAUAAAGGAGGUGGCAAGAAACGAAGGGGUUCUAAGAGGAGCAGGAGAGAAGUUGCUGGUGGUGACCCAAGAGAGGGUAGCAAAGAUAAUCUGAAGGAGACAGCCAAGGCUGGAAGAAGAAGAAGAAGAAAGGAAUCUGCUCCGGGCCAGAGAGUCGCUGAGGGCAGGCCCACCUUCCAGUGGACCAGGGUCAAGAAUACACACAUUCCCAAAGGCUGGGCUACAGGAGAAAGUGGAGAUGCCGCCCUGGAUUAUGACUACGCUCUUCUGGAACUGAAGCGCGCUCACAAAAAGAAAUACAUGGAACUAGGAGUCAGUCCCACCAUCAAGAAGCUGCCGGGUGGAAUGAUCCACUUCUCAGGAUUUGAUCACGAUAGAGCAGAUCAAUUGGUGUACCGGUUUUGUAGUGUGUCCGAUGAAUCCAAUGAUCUCCUCUAUCAAUACUGCGAUGCGGAGUCGGGCUCCACUGGCUCCGGGGUCUAUCUGCGUCUCAAAGAGCCAGACAAAAAACACUGGAAGCGCAAAAUCAUUGCGGUCUAUUCAGGCCACCAGUGGGUGGAUGUCCAUGGUGCUCAGAAGGACUACAACGUGGCCGUGCGUAUCACUCCCCUCAAGUAUGCCCAGAUUUGCCUCUGGAUUCACGGAGAUGACGCCAACUGUACUUACGGAUAACAGGAACCUGAAACCAGGCCAUGGAUGAGCGAAAUCGCAGAGAGAAAACCAGUUCUGAUUAUUGUAGUGAGAUCACUUCACAGGUUAUGCCUGGACUUGAAUUUAAUUAAUAGCAUUUCAACAUUUUUAUAAAUGUACUUGUUCAAAAUUAGGAGAUUUUCUUACAUUUGAAAAAUUUAGGUAAAGAUACUGAAACUAGAUGGGCAUUUCAAUGCCAAGUAUAUAUAUAUAUAUAUAUAUUCUUCUUUACACAAUGGUAAGUUUGGUUCGUGGAAAAAAUGUUUCUGUUUUCUUAAAAAUUAGACACUCUUUAAAACUUCAAGCUGGUACUAUAAAUAAUGUGAUUUCUCAAUGGACUUAUUCUCAGGGUCCUACCGUUAGAAGAAUCUAAUAGGAUGCCAGUUGCAUACUAAAUGUGAAACUGCAUAUACAGAGGUAGACAGUAAUAUUCAGAAUUAAGUUAGAGACAAAAAUUUACGACAGUUAGUACCUCCCUGAGAUGGGCCCACUCAGUCCAUGCCCUCAGCGUUUAUAUUGUUUCCUCUUGGGGCUGUGAAACAUCAGGUUUUUGUUUUUUGUUUUUAAAAGAAUGAUAAGGAAUAACUUUACGAACAAAACUGUCAAUUAUUUUCCUGCUUUGAAAAAUAUAAACUGAACUGUAUACUAUUUGAAACGGGAGAGAUACUUUGUUCCAUGAAAUAAGUCUAGUUUAAAAGUAGGGAAGCUGAGACUUUUUAAGAUCUCAAGUUUUGAUUUAACUAGUGUUUAAACCAUGAACUUUCCAUGCAUGUUUAGGGAAGGCAGCUCAACAGUUAAAAAUGAUCAUGAAUUGAAAGGCUCAUCAUUUUAUGCUACAUGGUCUCCUAUGUAUGAGGUAUUGUAUUUUUAGGACAAGCAAUUAUAGUCUUUUUAGGGCCUUUAUUCCCCCUUGACAAAAUCCAGCUUUCUUCAUAGGGUCAUAGGCAUAUUAUUUUGGCGAAUUCUCUAAUUAGUAAUUUUAAAUAAAUGCCUUAAAAUGAAUAUAAUUUAAGAUAGUUUUUAAAAGAAGAUUCUGAUUAUUUUCAUUAGGGACCAAGGCUGCCCACUCACUCCGGCCGUCACGGAGCCUAAGCGGACAGAGAGAGUCCAGUGGCUGCCUUGGGGCACUGGAUGCUGUUGCCUGAAUGAACCUGUAGGUGUUAGUUAGCUGAAUGGCUGUAAAAGGGCAUUCGUUCAAGCCUGUAUUUUUAAAGGGUUUCAGUGAUUUGUAGUUGAGUAACCCAUAACAUUGAGGAACUGCGUGGCCUGCUCUUCCUGGUGGUUUCUAGCCCACACAUUCUCUUCUGCCAGGACAUAUCCAAGUCGCUGGUUGGGCUGGAGUUCAAAUUUAUUUUGUUAGUGUAAUUGUUUUUACAAACGGAAAGUUAAAUCCUUGAUGAGUAUGCAAAGGGAUAUUUGAUCAGCUUAUGAUAAAAUGAUUUUGUAAAUGGUGUCCAAAAUAGCUGAAAUUCAAUACAAGUGUACAUUCUUUAUCAUGUGAAUUGGUUAAAAAUCAUUCAAUAAAAAUUUAAAAAAUAAA